AUGCCUUCAGCGGCCGGAACCAAGCGCGUCAGGGGUGUCUCGAUUUUCAGACCGUUCAUAUUUGGUAGCGAAGCACGGCCAUUCGACCCUGAGAAGAAACCCCCUCAUGUCCCAGCAGAUCACACCCACCAGUGGCGCGUAUUUGUGAAAGGAGUCAAUGACGAAGACAUUUCUUACUGGCUGAAGAAGGUUCAGUUCAAGCUACACGAGACAUACGCGCAGAAUGUACGCACCAUCGAGCAGCCACCGUUUGAGGUUACCGAGACUGGCUGGGGUGAAUUCGAAAUCCAAGUCAAGCUCUACUUCGUGCCGGAGUCUGGCGAGAAACCACAGACACUAUGGCAUAGUUUGAAACUACACCCAUUCGGGCCCGGCGCGGAGGUCAAGAAAGAGCGCAGAGAGGUGGUGAUCAGCCAGAAUUACGAGGAGAUCGUAUUUAACGAGCCUAUGGAACCGUUCUACGACCUCCUUACAGGCGGACCUGCCUCCCAGCAAACGCAGAAGGGCAAGGGAGGGAAGAAUACAAAACAAUCUGCGCAGCAGCGUGUAGGUCGGACCGCCGAAAUACCUCAGAAUGAAACCCCGGAGAACCCCUACAGCAAGACGACUGAGAAUAAGGAGCUGGAUCGUUUAGAAGCGGCCAACAAGACGGUUGAGCAAAUGAUCAAGGAAGAAAGGGAGCGCCUGAUCGAACGCGAAAAGAGGCUGGCCGAGCUGCGAGAAAGCGAAGGCAUCCCUGCCAACACUAAGAAGAGAUGA